CAGUAUUUUUGACCGCAUCAUAAUAGACAAACACAAUGUAUGUGUACGGGAUAAUAACUAUAUCCCGUCAACUGUUAAAGAAUUUGAUAGUAGCUAGUAGAAUGGUAGUGACAUGGUAUUCCUCGUAUAAACAGACAAUCCUUUUACCCUAACCAUGAUUAUAUUUGGAUGAGCGGACCUCUGGAUGAGCCAAAAUGCUUCUGUUAACAAGUAGGGAAGUAGACGCACAUGUUAACAUUUAAACAAUACUCUUAAAAACAUAAAUAACUAUUAAUCUUUCAUAGGAAGCCAAAACCACCGGGGAAAUCCACAAGACGAUGACAGCUCCCCAUUCAGAAGUCGUAAAAGAAAAGCAAAGAAGAUGUGCAGUAGUUGCAGAAUUUUUUGGUUUGAUAUAUAUUCAUUAUAAAUAUACCAGAAAAAAGGAAAAUAUCGUGGUGCCAAAAUUAAAAAUAUCUAAAAAUAAAAUACUUGUAGAAUUAUUAAAAAAAAAUACUGGUUUAGUACAAAAUUUAAGAAAUGAAAAGUUUUGUUUUCAUUAAUAUUUUGUGAUUUCUUUUGUGGCUAGUACAUUUUGUAGAACCACAGAGUCAUCGUUCUAUCUUGCAAUCUAUGAAAUCAGAGUAAAUUUUUUAAGAAAUUAUAAAAUAUCAACAAUACUCUCACAGAAAAAAUUGCAUUCAAUAUAUGUAUUUAUCAAAGAUAAUGGCGGUCUGGUUGUACUACCCGAUGAUUAUGUUUAUAUAUUACUAUGAAUUAUUCAUUUCGAAAGAAAUCUUUAAUAUUAAGAUAUUAAGUAACUUUUCUUACAAAAAGACACUAUAUAUAUGUGUAUUCAUUAUCAAAUGGGAUGUUUGUGACCUUUUGUCUUUUCUUCAAUUCCCUUUCUCUUUCCUUUCUUUUUGGUUUUGGUUCCAAAAAAAUGUAUGCAAUGAAAGAAGAAGACUGUCUCCAAAAUUUUCACAACUUACAAGACUAUCAAGACCAGUUUCUUCUACAUCACCAUCCACAAAUCCUGCCUUGGUCAUCUCUACCUUCAUUUGACCCGACCUAUUUCCCAUCCAACCCGACCCGUUAUCCUGAUUCGGUCCCCUACUUCAACAGGAGAGCUUCUUCUUCCUCUUCUUUUGACUAUACCGAUGGUUUUGUCUCUCCUCCUUCCAUGGAUCAUCAUCAUCAUCCCAACCACCUAAAGGUUUUAUCGGAAGCUCUUGGACCCAUCAUGCGACGUGGCACAUCCUUCGGGUUUGAUGAUGAGAUUAUGGGGAAACUGAGUGCACAAGAAGUCAUGGAUGCUAAGGCGCUGGCUGCUUCAAAGAGUCAUAGUGAAGCUGAGAGAAGAAGACGAGAGAGAAUCAACACUCAUCUAGCUAAGUUGCGAAGUAUUUUACCAAAUACAACCAAAACGGACAAAGCUUCAUUGCUAGCGGAAGUGAUCCAACACAUGAAGGAGCUAAAACGACAGACAUCACUGAUCACGGACACGAGUCAAAUCCCAACAGAGUGCGAUGAUCUAACCGUUGACUCUGCUUACAACGACGAAGAAGGAAAUUUGAUGAUAAGAGUUUCCUUUUGUUGCGAAGACAGGACUGAACUCAUGCAUGACAUCAUCAAUGCCUUAAAGUCUCUUCGUCUUCGAAUUCACAAAGCCGAGAUCGCAACCGUAGGUGGCCGAGUCAAGAACGUCUUGUUCUUGAGCCGAGAAGACGAUGAUGAAUAUCGUAGAAACUUCGAUGGUGUUGACGCGGAUAAUGAUGAUGAAGAGAAGAGAUACAAUCGUGCGAGUUCGAUAGAAGAAGCGUUAAAGGCGGUUAUAGAUAAGUGUGUCAAUAAUAAUGAUGAUAACAAUAACUUGGAUAAAUCAUCUUCAGGGAGUAUUACUAUUAAGAGACAAAGGACUAGCAAGAUGGUAAAUCGAUGUUAUAAUUAAUUCCUCCCUCAUAAAAUGAUUAACAUCAUCAAGUCUUUAAUUAGCUAUGUGCUAACUAGACUUGCAAAAUGGGAUAAUGUGACAAUUAGUAUGUUUGGGGGUCGGGUUAAUCUUUUUACCUUGGUUUGGGUUUCUUCUUCUAUGGUUUUAAUCUAUGAAGGACCCUUUAUUUAGGGUUUUAUAGUGAUGGGUUCGGUUUAUAUAUGUAUUAUAAUCAAAGAUAUUUUCUCGUCUUGAUUAUAUGAAAUGUAAAGAGGUUGGGUUUAAUUUAUAUUACUUGAUGUAGUGGAAUCAAGAACCUUUUUUAAUUACGAGCAUCUGCAUUAUGUU